AUGUCUGCAGGUAUGAGAGGGCAGGGUGGUUCAGGUGAUCCGACUAGAGGUCGGGGACGUCGGGGUAACCCAGCUAGAGGUCGUGGUCGGGGUAACCCAGCUGUGCGUGCCCCUGUUGAGGACAUCCCUGUUCAGGGUCACCAGCAGGAGGUGGAGGCGGCACCCCCUGUUCAGCCCCGACAGCCAGGAGAGCCCUCUGUAGUGCUGGAUGCCCAGGGGAGGGCACUGUGUUUCCCAGACGCCAGCAGGGAGAGGCUGUUGAACUCUGGACCAAUCUCCCGGUCUAUGCGAGAGAUCUUUAGAAAGUGCUGGUUCGAGAAUGGGCGAGCCUGGCGGUUUCUGACCGCAGAGCAGACAUAUUUCUAUUGGGAGGAAUUUAAGAAGGAAUACUGGUGGGAUACGGCGGAUUACAGCGACGACGUCAUCAAAAGUGUAUUCAUGACGCAUGCUGCCAACCGAUGCAAGGACGUUAUUCACAGGAUGAGAGAGAAGGACGAAAAACAUACCUCAAUCAGCCAAGAUAUCUGGGAUUCCUGGAAGGCCUUCUGGGCGUCCGAGGACGAGAAGAAGAAGUCCGAUGUAGCUCGCGCUAAUCAGAUGAGCGAGCCUACUGGAGCCGGUUCCGGACCAGCUGAAGAGCUUGGCUGCAAGCCUACCGCAACGGAGCUGUAUACUCGGAUGCACUCCACGAUAGCUGAUAAGAGUGUCAUGGUAGGCAAGAGGGCCCAGGACAUGAGUGAUGCAAUUACUCAGAGACUUGCUGCUGCAUCGCAGCCGCCGACCGGAGAUGGUGGUUCUUCUAGCACAGCGGAAGUUGACGAGACCCAGCUGUUUCUGGAUAUCGAGGGCGUCAACAAGAAGCGGCGUGUCUACUGGUUGGGUUCAUCGACUAGUGCGUACGUGGAUACGAUGGCGUCUAGUAGGGCGAGGACCAGGUCCACACAGUCACAGCGAACUGACGAGGAGAUCGAGCGGCAUGUGCAGGCAGGGAUCCAGGAUGGACUGCGCCAGAUUACCACCGAGGUGGAGGAUCUCCGUGCCCAGCAGGCGAGAGCCAAUGAGAGGAUGGCCGAGAUUAUUCAGGCUGAGAUGGCGAAGAUGAUGCAGACUCUUCCUCCGCAGUAUCGCCCACCCCCACAACCAGACGAUGAUGACACUCCGACUUUGUAG